UACCAGUUGGUUCCCAUACCCACUUUCUUCGAUGCGUCCUUUACUUCUGGUUGCGAUCUUCAUUGGACUUGGAUUAGGAGCUCCUCCUGUCAUCGAGAAUUAUGUGGUGAACGGUUCUGAUGCACUCGCUGCGGAAUUCCCAUACAUGGUUUCUUUGAGAACAAGAUCAGGAACACAUACUUGCGGAGCAACAAUAAUUGCAAAUAGUUGGCUUCUUACGGCGGCGCAUUGCUUUGUAUCGCGCAAUCCGGACGACUACACAAUUCAAUAUGGGACAAACGUGAUCUCCAAGGAUGGGGAUUCCGUGAUGCGCAUCCGGAGAAUCAUCUGCCACGAUGGGUACGAUGACAAUAAUCAAUUCAUCCACGACAUUGCUCUCAUCGAACUGGAGCAGCCACUCGAAUUCGAUGCUUUUGUGGACUCAGUCCGGCUCCCCAGUGCCUUCGUCUUUACACAGGGCGGACAAGAGGCACAAUUGGUGGGUUGGGGCCUCAAUGCGACCGUCGGUGGUGUCAUUCAGACGCAUUUGCAGAAGGUGGACUUGGAGACGAUGACCGAUGACGAAUGCAGAAAGCUCCACUUUGACAAGAUUCACACCACAAACAUCUGUGCGGGUGUCAAAGGGGGCGGCAAGGGGCAGUGCACGGGUGACUCUGGUGGCCCACUCCUCUUGAACGGCAUCCAAGUGGGAAUUGUGUCCUGGAGCGUAAAGCCAUGCACCAUCGCCCCAUACCCGGGGGUUUUCACUGAGGUUUCGCACUACAUCGAUUGGAUACGCCUACAUAGCGGCUUGACACUGAUGGAAGGGAAAUAGCCCGUGAUAAUCUCGAGUGAUGUACGUCAUCGAAUUCCAGAAGAAAAGACUCAAUGAGUUUGCAGAACCCACCUCCCUCAUUUACUGCACUCGCCAAUAGAUUUUACAUUUUUUGCAAGAAAUACUUUGUUACAAUGCGUGUUCGUUUUUUGAAUGAAAGAAAAAAAUAAAGAAAAUUCCGUACAA